GGUGGCUGGAAAAGGACAAUCGUUUCCAUGUCAGCGGGUAAACGCUCUCACUUUAGCACCUGGACGAGGGAGAAUGCAGUACUGAGUGCGUGCUGAGGAGCGAGGGAACCACUUAAAGGAGCAAUAACCAUGCCACGCCGAGGCCUAGUGGCUGGGCCAGACUUUGAGUAUUUCCAGCGUCGAUAUUUCACGCCGGUUGAGGUGGCUCAACACAACCAGCCGGAAGACCUCUGGGUGUCUUACCUGGGAUAUGUAUAUGACCUAACGCCGUUGGCGCAAGAGUACAAAGGUAAGGGCCACACUUUGGGUCAGCUUCGGGGUGUGUAUUAGGUACCUACUUCUUGGGCAGACACCAAUGGCGGCGGCUGCUCCUUCCCAGGAGAUCUGCUGCUGAAACCCAUCGUGGAAGUUGCGGGCCAGGACAUCAGCCACUGGUUUGAUCCCAAGACCAGAGACAUCCGCAAGCACAUAGAUCCGCUGACUGGUUCCCAGAGAUACCGCACCCCUCGGGGCCGCUUUCUGCACGUCCCACCUCAGCUGCCCCGUUCCGACUGGGCCAAUGACUUCGGGAAGCCCUGGUGGCAGGGGUCACGUUACGAAGUCGGGCGGCUGUCAGCCAAGACCCGGAACAUCCGUAUAAUUAACACGCUCACGUCGCAGGAGCACACACUGGAGGUGGGGGACCUGGAAUCAAUGUGGGAAAUCCUACACCGCUAUCUCCCCUAUAAUGCACAUGCUGCCAGCUACACAUGGAAAUAUGAAGGGAAGAACCUGACCAUGGAACAUACCCUGGAAGAGAAUGGGAUCCGGGAUGAGGAGGAAGAAUAUGACUAUCUCACUAUGGAUGGUACACUCCACACACCUGCAAUACUGCUCUACUUCAAUGAUGACCUCACAGAGCUAUAGGAAAGGAGAUAUAUGCUGGUGUAGACUCCAGACAUUUUUUAUUUGGCUGUUUUUGUACCCUAAGGGAAAGAGAUGGGGAUUGGGUGGGGAGGUGUGUCUGGAUCUUGACCUCCAUUCUACUCGGGGAACUGGCCUGUGGUUCCCAUGCCCUUCUGAAAUUUAAAGGUCUGAUUCUCCAGCUCCAUUAUAAUUUACUCUGAAAAAGUUAGGGAGAAUGCUAGAAAUUAAUUAAUUUUAAAAAAUGAUACAAGAAGACAAAGUAUCUUGGAUUAGAGAGAUAUAGCAUAAUCAGAUCUAAGAGCUCAGGCAGAACUUUUUGAUAAAGAGAAGUCUUACACAGGAUGAGGGAUGGAACAACUUUUUUUGGCAAUGAUGGAAAUGGGAUAGCUGCAGGAAGAUGGUGUUUAUAAAGACAAAUAGAAAAUACCUAUCGUUGGCCAUACAAAGCUGGCUAAUCUCUCUUCUGAAUAGUAUUUGGCAGCUGAAACCCAAGGGAAAGAAUGGAAAUGAAUGGUUACCAGGGAUUUCAGGUUAGAUAUUACACUAUGUGCUUUAUAUACCCUAUUUAAUAUAACUACCCAUUACCACUAUUCUAUAGAUAAAUCUUUUGAAGUUUUCCAAGAUUUUUAGAAAAGAUUUUAUUUAUUUAUCUUUAGAGGGGAAGGGAAGGAAAGAGGGAGAGAAAUAUCAAUGUACGGUUGCCUCUCGUGCGUCCCCUGCUGGGAACUGGGCUGCAACCCAGGCCCUGACUGGGAAUCGAACCAUGACCCUUUAGUUCGCAGGCCCGCACUCAAUCCACUGAGCUACACCAGCCAGGGCUCUGAAGUUUUGCAAGAUUUAAUAGCACAAAGGCAUACUAGUUAGUAACCAGAAUGUAAACCCAAGUCAACCCAAUUCCAAAGUCCAUAUUGUCCAUAUUGACACUUUGGUCCUGGCUGGUGUGGCCCAGUGGAUUGAGUGCUGGCCUAUGAACCAAAAGGUCUCCUGGUCGAUUCCCAGUCAAGGCACAUGCCUGGGUUGCAGGCUGGGUUGCGCGAGAGGCAACCAACUGAUGUAUCUCUUGCACAUUGCUCCCUCUCUUUCUCUCUCCCUUCUCUCUAAAUAAAUAAAAUCUUUAAAAUAAAAUCCAGAGUGGGACAUUUUGGAGUAAAAGGGAGACAAAUGGCACAGGAACAUGAGAACAUGAGAAAGGCAGGGUUGACUUUGCAAGAGGUUGAUUCUACAAGUGAGGGCUUGACAGGGGUAAAGAGAGGAGCUAAGUAAGUCAAAACUCCUGAUGACCAAAAGAGAACAACAUAUUACAACCAUAUUUGGUCCCAUUUAAACUAAUCAUAGGGGAGGAAAAUUAGAAUACCAGGUGAAUUUCCUGACAGUAGCAGGCAAAAAGGAAGCAGGGAGGGAACGGUGCAUCUUCUUGAUGUGAGGCAUUAGGGCCCAGAGGAAGGUGGCCCCUGUGAGACACUGAGUGGGCUGCAUAGGAAUUUUCUGAGGGGCUAUGAAAGGGAUGGACAAGGGUGGAGAUAUCUGAAUUGGCUUCAGCAGUAUCUAAACAUACUGUGAGACUGAGGGCUUCCAUUCAGUCCCAUGUAAUGCAAGAGUCUAUGAAUAAUCUAAAUUGUUUUGAUGUUUAAUCAAGUCUGCAAUGCUUUCAUGUGUAUCUUGUUUGCUCAUUUAAACACUAAACUGUUUGAGAACCAAACCUGUCCUGUCUGAGGACAGGACCUGUGCUGUCCUCAGGGCUUGUGCCUAUGGGAUCUGCCCCUCUUCCAGCAUCUCCUACUUCAGUACCUGUUGCCAGAAACAGCCCUUUCCUCACACAUCCAAUCACUCUCCAAGUAGACUCUAACUCCUAAAUAUCUCUGGAAUUUGUCUUGUUUUUUCCAAGCUAUCAUCACCUGUGUUAAAAUUAUGGCUGUAAUUGGCUGGCUGGCUGGCUCCUGGAUUGUAAGCUCCUGAGGGCAGAGAUCAUGUCCAUCUUAUUUCCUGCUAUAUUCCUUGCUGUAUUCCCAAUGUUAGGCACACAGCUGCUGCUCAAUAAAUUUUGACUGAAUUAAAAUGUUAAGUGAAUUUAUCUGUUUAUAAUAAUUAGUGUAGGCAAGGUGGGACCAAGAAAUAAGAUGUCUGGAUCCUGUGCUGUAAUCUCUAUCCACAUGUUUUCUUUCCUUGCUCCCCAUACAUCCAAGACCAAAAAUUACUCCAUAGGGGUUCUUCCUUUCACCAGAGAUUUUUGGGAGCA